CACACUGACUGAGUGACUAGUUAAAGUUAUUUUGUUUGAAGCAAUUGGCAAUAUGUUAAAAAGAUUUAUACCGUUUAAUAAUAACGCUAUUAGCAGACACAUAGUGUGUGUUCCGAAACAUAAACCACCCGAAAAAAAAGAUUUUGACGUUUUGAAAGAGUUCUUAACAAACCAUAACAAAAUUUUAAUUUUGACUGGUGCUGGCAUUUCUACUGAAUCAGGUAUUCCUGACUACAGAUCGGAGGAUGUUGGUCUGUAUGCCCGUAGUAAUCACAAACCUAUACAGUAUCAAGAAUUUGUGAAGUAUCCGAAAGUAAGGCAAAGGUACUGGGCAAGAAAUUAUAUAGGUUGGCCGAGAUUCAGUUGUGUGCAACCGAACGUCACACAUCUCUGUAUUCGAGAACUAGAGAAGAAGGGAAAAGUGACAUCUAUAGUGACACAGAAUGUGGAUAGAUUACACCACAAAGCUGGUUCUGAAAAAGUGAUUGAAUUACAUGGGACAAGCUACUUAGUUCAAUGUCUCAAAUGCCCCUAUGAAAUAGACAGACAUGAACUCCAAGAAAUAUUAACAGAGAAUAAUCCAGAUAUGGAAAGUAGUUUCUCCAUGAUAAGACCGGAUGGCGAUGUUGAAUUGUCAAGGGAACAAGUAGAAAAAUUCCGAGCUCCACUCUGCCCAAAGUGUGAAGGGCCUUUGAAACCAGACAUAGUGUUUUUUGGUGACAAUGUACCCAAAUAUCGCGUGGAACAAGUCAGAAAAGAAGUGACUAGCAGUGAUGCAAUAUUUGUAAUGGGAUCAAGCCUCACAGUUUAUUCUAGCUAUAGAAUUAUAUUGCAAGCCAGAGAUGAACACAAAAACGUAGCUAUAUUAAAUAUUGGACCUACUAGAGCAGAUGAUAUUGUUAAUAUAAAAGUAUCUACAAAAUGUGGUGAUGUUUUACCUGAAUUAUGUAAAUCUUUAAAUUAAAUAUAAUUAGCACAAAAUAUACAACUCUGACUAAAAUUUCUGACAUGAUCAUAAAAUUCAUUUUCCAUAAUAUAGAUAAUUCAACAUGGACAUGCCAUAGUAGCCUUUAGGCCUUGAAAUGUACAUAUGUUAAAAUAGCUAUAAGAAGAGUUAUAAUGUAUAUUUUUGUAGUUUUGUUGUUUUAACAAAGAUU